CCUCCAUCAUUGAACGGAUAUCGGAGCUAAGAUGCAUAAAAACCAGUCUGCGUGACUCUGCCCUUGAGGGAGCCCAACAUUCCAACAUCCCCCUCCAUUAGUCUCACUUGCCUAUAUCGAUUAAAUAAGUUUUGAAAUUCAACAUAACCGGCCAACCUCGCCCCCCUGUGUUCCUUCGAUUUAGCACCACUUCUAUCCCACACCCUGUUCUCUAACAUCCAUCUCCAAACCUUUCGUCGAUCCAUCCAUUUCAGACUUUACCUGCGUUCUUCGCCAGUGAAAAAUCACAAAAUGACUACUUUCAAUCUCUGCCAAUCCUACUCCGCCGUGAACAAGGCAGAAUUUAUUGUCGAUGCUGUCUUGUUUGACAUGGACGGUACUCUCGUGGAUUCCAUCCCAGCGAUAGAGUCUGCUUGGGCGGCAGUUGCCAAGAAGAUCAACAAGCCACCAGCCGAAGUCAUCGAAGCCACCCAUGGCCGUCGUGUCAUGGAUAACCUGAAAGACCUCUACCCAAACCUCAGAAGAAUGUCGGACGCGGAGAUGGCACCGCAUGUGAAAGAGUUUGAGAUCGAGAUAUUGAGACAAGCAGAUGAGUAUGGCAUAGAGGUCAAGAGCCGUCGAUCCAGUGUGGCUUCUAGUAGACGAGCUAGUAGAGCCGCCAGUAGAACCGCUUCCUUUGCUGGCACCCCUGACGAAAAGCCGCGACGCAAGUCGAACUUGUCUCAAUCAGUCACCCCCGACAACGUGUCGGCUCGUAUGGCUGCUAUGGGUAUUGCGCCCUUGAGCUCAAACAACUCCAGCUCAUCGAUUCCUCAAGCGGAGAAGCGCGCCAAUACACCUGCCGAAAUGUUGGCAAAGAAGAAACUCGCUGUUUUACAGAGCUCGGUCAACCAGGACGUGUUUGAGGAUGGCGAUGACUCUGAUGAUGAAGACAUCGAAAUUGACGUAUCUGAUUUGGUUGAUCGCUCGGUGCGCAUCUUGCCUGGCGUCAGGAAGAUGACAGACUCCCUGCCUGCCGAUCGGUUCGCCAUCGCAACUUCUGCCGCAGUCACCCACUGCCACGGUGCUCUCCAACGAGUUGGCAUUUCCCUUCCCAAAAUCACCGUCACAGCGGAUGAUCCCCGUCUUGAACGAGGAAAACCUUUUCCUGACCCGUUCAUCCUGGCCGCGAAGUCUCUUGGUUUUGAACCGGAGAACUGCGUAGUUGUCGAAGACUCCCCCUUCGGCAUUCAAGCCGGUGUGGCCGCUGGUGGCAAAACAAUUGCGGUGUCUACGUCUCACUCCCACGAAAAGAUUUCGCAUUGCGGUGCCACCUGGCUUAUACCUACGCUGGAAUUAGUACAGGUCGAAGUGCUUCCCGACGGGAAACUUCGAAUCUUCAUCGAUGCUACUGACAAGGAUAUAGAGCAGGCUUUGUCUAAAUGUGUCCGAAGCAAGAUCGAAGCCAAGCGUGUUUGAUUUCUUUUCACUGCCCUUUUUCAUAACGUACCUAACUUCAAUUCCGAAGUGUAAAUCUAGCUUAGAUGUUUUAUCUGAUGUGUAUGAGUGUAACAUUCAUUUUUUUCCCCAUCGUUGAAUCUCAAGUCUGAACAAACCCCCUCAACUGCUUUACUUCUUUCUUCGUCAGACUCAAGCAACCGAAUCCAUAAUCUUGCCAGUGUUUGUUCAAAAUUGUUGUAUAAGUAUUUUGUGAUCCUCUUCCCUGAAAUUGAGUAAAUUUAGAUCUUCUCCUACUACAGAGCCAGUUGCUCUUUUCCUCAAAAAAGUAAUGUUUUGCAAGCCUUGUUUGUGAUGUAUGCUUGACAGUCUAUAUUUGUUCAAAUUUUGAUGUUCUAACACUUUUGCACAGUCCA